UAUAUAUUCCAAGUUGUUGCUAUGUCUCAACACAUCUUCUCCUAACUCACAUUCAAUUGCAUCACUGAAGAGGAAAAAUACUCAGAGGCAUUUCCGCAUUUCGUCGACUGCUCUUACCUUAGGUUGUUAUGGAGGGAGAUAGGCAUUUCAGUCAUCGUCAUCCAUUGAUUUCCUUUCUAGUAGAUGAUAAGGAAGUGGAUGACACUGAUAACUUUCAUUCUUGCAAAAUUUGUGGUUUGCUAAUUCUAUCUGCUCCUUCCUACACUUGCAUCUUUGUUGCUUGUGAAUUGUUUCUGCACGAAUCAUGUGCACACAAAUUCCACCAAAAAUUUAUCCAUCCCAAUCAUAAGCCGAGAUAUAAGGACCACACCCUUCGUCUCCGAGAAGGAAGUCCCAAUUUCACCUACAAAUGUGAGGAUUGCGAUUUCAAAAUGCAUCCUCUGGCUGCAGCUGCAAUGCUUGGUGUUGAGAUCAAAACCAAACACAAGAGCCAUCCACCUCACCCGCUCGUGGCUCUUCGUAGAAAGAGUUUGUCUCUGUGUGAUGUCUGUGGGGAGAUACAUGAAGGUUUCUUCUUCUCAUGCCAACUCUGUGAUUUCUGGAUUCAUCAAGACUGCACCAUACUGCCUACCGCUAUCACGCUCAUUUAUCCUUGGCCUUUCCUUCUCGCUUAUUCUAUUCCUGCCAUUAUGCGAUCUCUUCAGUGCACAGUUUGCUACCAUCCCUUGCUUCUUACCCAUAACGCCAUCUAUCUAUGUCCCCAAAACCAGAAGUUUUCUCACGUCAGAUGUGGACUCAACAAAACUCAAUCCAAAACAAGGCUAGAGUUGCUCCAACUGCAAGACGACGAGUUGGACACAUUUCCAAGUUUGGAGAUCCGUACAUACUCCCAGAGAAACCAAACAGAUAAUAUUAGUGAUGGAGAUAGGAAGCUUGCAAUUGAGAAUUUUCACAAGCAUCCUUUGACCCUAGUUGGUGAUGCGGCAGAGGAUCAUAAUUACAAUUGUAAAAAAUUAGUGUGUGAUAUAUGCAUACAAACCAUUACCAUUCCAUCUCCAUUUUACAGAUGCUCCCAACAAACUGGUGGCUGCUCUUUCCUUGCGCAUAAAGUCUGUUCAGAGCUUAUCCCUAUUAUCAAGUUUGGGUUACCAAUGGAUAGAAACGGCGAACGAUUAAAGGCACAACCUUGUCCGUGCCCGAACCAGUGGUUCUUCAGCUCAAUAUUUUUCUGUUUUUUCUGCUCUCUUCCUUGCAAUGGACCCUGCUACUUCUUUUCUGACUCUGAACAUCCUUUGCAUGAUGUCCCCUGGAUGAUUGAUCUGUCGUGCAUGGCUGCUCCAAGCAUUACAAAGCACAGCUCACAUAGCCAACACCUUCUCUUUCGCACUGCCCGCUAUUCGCAGGCCUCUACCAUCAGUUGUUGUUCCCGCGGCUCCACCUUUCUCGAUGUCUAUAGGUGCACUACCUGCGAUUUCUACAUUCAUCUAAGGUGCGCCUUGCUCCCAAAAAGGGUUCAUUUUCGUAAAUUUGAUCAACAUCCUCUGGAUUUGAUCACUAGUAAUAGUAGUGGUAGUGAUCAUGACAUCUGUGAGGUGUGUGAGGAAGGUAUAGAGUGCAAGUAUUGGUUCUACCGAUGUGCUAAAUGUGACUACUCUUUCCACAUAAACUGCAUUCCCUCGCUUGGCUAUUUGUCCAAAGUCAAGUUCGGAGGCAAAAGUAGCAUGCCUUGUCACUCUCAUCCUCUCACACUUAAACGGAUGCUUACUUACGGAAGAAAUGAGAGGUGUGGGUAUUGUCACCAAAUCAUCCCGGGAUUGAUAGAUGAAGCGGCUUUCUCAUGCUCACAGUGCGAAUAUUGGGUUCAUUUUUCUUGUGCGAGGGAUUCACUCUCAUCCUCUGAUCAGAUUCCUAGAUCCAUGGUUUUCGGUGAAUUCGAUAUGCAGGCGAUAUAUGAUCAUAUAAGUAGCAUUCAAUCUGAGUUGUGAGUUGUAAAGCCUUUUAACGGGGCAUUUAGUUGUAAGUUGUUAUUGUGUUUCA